AAAACGCAAAAGCUACACGCAUCGUGGACCUUGCCGUGGUGAACAGUGGAGCCGUGGAUUCACGUCGUUGAAGUUGCGCAAAUUUGUGAAAAUGGCGGACAAGCGUCAGCCUCCACAAAACGUGCAAUCUGUGGAGAAUGAAGACAGUAGCAGCAGCAGUUCGGAAGGACAGAGUGACAGUGGUUCUAAUUCCAAUUCGCUUAAUGCGUUCGUUAAUGACGGAGGCUUUCUCGAAAGGUUCAAGCAAAUGCAGGAAGCUUGUAAGCAGCAAGCCGCUUCACAAGAGGCUCAGUUCGCCGUUCCACAGUCCGACAGUGCCGCUACAGUUUCGGUGAAAACCGAGCCCACCGAACCAGACGCGGCUGCUGCUGCUGCUGCUGCUGCUGCCAGGAAACGGACACUCCCAUUCGUGGGUAAAAGAAGGGGUGGAAAAGUUCUAAAGACGGGCAUUGUCCACAAGCCGAAGGUUGAAGAUGAGGAGGAGCUUCCCAAGGACGCCUGGUCACGGUACUUGGCUGAAGUGCGCAAAUACCGAGAGCGCUCGUGUGAUGACGAAGAGAAGACCCGGCCGCUUGUCAAGUGAUGAACGCUUCGGCAACAAGUGACAGAGCGAGACAU